AUGGCGGUAAAAGCACUUCAUGCGAUCUCCCAAGGCCGGAACGGCGUAGGAGCCUUCAUCCUCCAAUGCAAAAGGAUAGACCUCCACUACUGCGACUGGGCCGGUAGCUCUCGAGGCAUGAACGGCUUCAUCAAAUCCCUCCUCCCCAAAUUCGCCGCCGCCCACCCCGAAAUCGAAUUCACCGUCUCCCCCCGCCCCGCCAAACACCCCGUCGCCAUCGGCCACUACAUCAACGGCCGCUCCAAGCCCAUCUGCGUCCGCAACAUGGAGCCCUACGAGAUCCUGAAGAAGCUCGAGCUCCUCCGCGACGCCAGCGGUGAGAAGCUCAAAAAGGUCACCAAGCCCGUCCGGUCCAUCAACGAGUCCGUCAGAGGGAUCUGGUCCCCGUACCACGGCAACGGUAUGCCUUUGUAA